AUGACAUCUGUAUCAACCAUGACGAGCAGCCUGGACAUCGCCCAAGCAACAGAAGCUCUAGAGCGAGACACGCAACCGUGGGACCUCACAGACUCACCACCCCCAUCGCUGUUAAUCCAGACCCCACCAUCUCCACCCCCUUCUCCACAGCUGCUGCUGCAGGAUCCUACAGGAUCGGGGCUGUUUGAGGAAACCAUUAUCGACAUCAAGCUUGCAACCCACCAUCUGCUGAUGUUGGCGCUAAACGAGUUUCUACAGGAUACAUGCUACGGAUGUCAAAUAUCUCACCCCAGUCAGGUGCAACACAGCUGCUUGCUCGAAUUGCCCGAGUAUUUCUUUGACAUCUACUAUGACGAUGUGAUGAUAAGGCUCAAGACAGACCGAUUCAUCCCCGCCAUACGCCUGUUUGUGCGCUCGUACACAGUCGAUGGGACUGGAACACAAUUCAGCCGGAUUGCAGAACACACCAUGACCGAACUGAGAUCAUCAGAACAUAUAGUAUGCGCAAUUAACGACAACAUUGUGCAGUUGCUAGAAGCAAGUCGUUAUGACCGACGUGCUAAACCAGCCAUGCUUCGCAUGAUUGGUAACUACUGGGCUGGGAGACACCUGGUUUAAUGUAUGCUGUUCAGUAUUCAUUGUCUGUGUGAAUGAAAUAAAAAGAC